GAAGAAGAUGCAAUUUUCAAAUAUGAAGGAGAUAAGAUUAUAGUGCUAUCACUGUCAUUUAAAGAUAAAACCAACACCCAGGAAGAUAUUAUAAAUAAGCAAGUUAAGGCUAGUUUGUUAUGUGUUUGUGUUCCAACAAUGCAGAGGGUCUUGUUGUUUAUUUUAAUUGCGACCGCUUACACCGUUUUCGCGGUACCAGCGGCAGAAUUAGAGAAAGAACAUGAAUACUCUAGAUACAUCCAAAUGCCCGAUGGGGAAGGAGUUAUGCACACAGUCGACCUUGAAGCUGAACCUGAUAUGGAACUCCUCAAUGAAAUAAGCAGAGACCCAGCCGACAAUUUGUAUCUGCUUUACACUAGGCGAAACCAGAUUAUCUCUCAAACCCUAGUGAUGAAUGAUGCUAACUCUAUCACGAGAUCCAACUUCGAUGCCAACCGACCGACUGUUAUUAUCGCUCACGGAUGGCUCAGCAACCAAUAUACUUCUACCAACUAUAUCAUCAGAAAUGCCUACCUUCGAAAAAGCGACGUGAACGUCAUUGUACUAGACUGGAGACGCCUUGCUGCUGCUGAUUACGUCACAGCCACUAGAGGAGUACCAGCUGUAGGACGUGGUCUUGGCCAGUUCCUCAGUUUCCUCAAUAGAGUCACUGGAGCUGCCUUCAAUUCCAUGCAUAUCGUUGGGUUCAGUUUGGGUGCACAUCUGGUUGGUAACGCUGGAAGAGAACUCGGAGGCAGAGCUGCUCGUGUCACAGCAUUGGACCCAGCUGGUCCCCUAUGGAACUACAACUCCAACCGCGUCAACCCUAACGAUGGUGUCUACGUCGAGGCUAUCCACACUGACGGUGGCUCAAGCACUGGUGCCCUAGGAAUUGGCAUGAACGUGGCUAAUGCGGACUUCUAUCCGAAUGGAGGUGUCUCCCAACCUGGUUGUAACACCAACCUCUGCAACCACAACCGUGCUGUAGAAUUCUUCGCCGCUUCUGUCACUUAUAACCAUCUUGUUGGACGACAAUGUACCAAUACAUUUCAAAUCUCUUCAAAUACUUGUCGAGGAAACCAGCUUCAUAUGGGCAAUGAUGAUUUAAGGAAAACUGGAUCGGGAAUGUAUCGUGUCAAUACGGGAAGCACUUAUCCAUACUAAUUAUAAGCAAAUGUUUGAUUUGACGUUGAAUAAAAUUUUUGUAUACAA